CGGUCUAUACGGGUUCAAUUCCCCGCCUUUUCAGUAAUCUUUGGACGUUACGAACAACACAAACUGCUUUAUGCUUUUUCAUUUACUUACCAGCCCUGUCUGCCUUUCAAUGUUUCUUAUAUUUACGCGCUGAUAAUGUAACUUGUUGACUUGUACCUUCAAGACGUUUGGAGCCAUGUUGCUUCCAUCUGACAUAGCGCGGCUCGUUUUAGGGUACUUGCAACAAGAGGGACUGACCUCUACGACUAAGGCAUUCAUUCAUGAAAGCCCCAAUUUGAAGGAGUAUGCGGAACACAGUACAGAUGAUGGAACUAUCCCAGCUUGUUUAUUCUCGCUGUUUGGUAAAAACCUGUCAACUAUUCUGAACGAGUAUGUUGCAGCAAAAGCCAAAGAAACUAGUCUCGAGAUUCCAAUACCAUCCAUAAUGACGUCGUUAUGGAAGAAACUGGACAUCACACUUAAUCAGAUUAAGUCUUUACAGAACUCCCCAACAAUUGGCCAUAAUAACAGAUUACGGGUGCGGAACGCGAAUGCACUGGCCAACUUGAGGCGACAGGGAAUCCAGUCGUUCUCGCCGUCCCCCUCCACUUCCCCUGCCCCCCAGACGGGCCUAGCCACGCCCAGCCCCCCAAGCAACACCCUGGCCAUUCCAGUACACUCCACCCCCCUUUACUUCUCCUCCCAGCCGCCCAGACUGGCUCCCGUCUGCAGCACGCCAAGCCAGAUACCAAACGAGAGCCGAAUACUUGCUAACAUGAAAGAUACAACAAUACACGUUAUGGUCCCAGAUAACAGACUAACCCCUGGCCCAGUGUCCCCAGGAAGGAGGAAAUGGGACUCUCCCAAGAGGAGGGGCGGUGGAUCGAGUGGGGGUGGCAGAUCCAACAUGGCCGCCAGUAGCCUGGCAACAGAGCCCCAAAGUGAAGAGGCAGUGACAGAGAAUUUCCCUCAAAUGGUGAUUCAAAAUGCAAGAGAGAAGAUUUUAGGUGACAGAUCAUUACAAGAGAAGUUGGCAGAGAACAUCAACAAAAUCCUAUCAAGUGACGGCAUCCCUCAGACUUCAAAAUCAUCCUGGAGCACGGUGGUGCCGGACCAGUCCAUAGAUGAAAUAUUAGGGCUCCAGGGGGAGAUCCACAUGUCUGACGAUGCCAUCCAUGACAUCCUGGAGCAGACGGAGUCAGACCCGGCCUUCCAGGCCCUGUUCGACCUCUUCGACUGCAGUAAAGGGAAGGCUUACGAGGGGACAGAGCCAGGAGCGGGGGAGGAGAGCGGGGCUACUGUGGAGGCUAGCCAGACUGGAGACGCAGGGUGUUCAGACAACACCCCUGAGCCUACAAACCACGUGGUCCUACAGGAAGAUGGAAGACGUGCACAAGAACCUGCGUCCCUUGCUGCCAAGACGAAAUCAGUGCAGGAGGCCAAGAACAAGAGGAAAUCCGCCCCCCCUAGCGCCUCGAAGACGCCUCUCGGGUCCAGCGCCAGCAGGCCCAGGAAGGGACCCAGUCCCACCAGACUCACAGCAGGGGGCGACAAACCAGCAGAAGCACCGCCAGCUGCUGCCCCGGCCGCUCCCCCUGCCGACCCGGCACUCAGCAAUGAAGAGGGAGCCAUGGAUGUAGACGAAGCUAUGGGCAGGGCUGGCCCCGAGCCGCCCGCCCUCCUGGAGGUGUGUGAGGCUGUCAGGCAGGAGAGCACUCCCUCCUCCAACAGCCCCCAUGGAACCAUCUCUACCUGCAGCACAAGCACGUCUGAAACCAGAACUACUACCAGUUCAAACACACCUAAAGUGAGUAAGACGGGACACACGCAAGGUUCUCGAGCGCUGACCCCGUCUGGGAAUGGAUCGUUGUUAAAAACCACGACUAAAAUCCUCCCCUUCCAUCUUACCUCUGUGUCGGUCACGCCCACAUUCACACUUGCUCCGGCUCAGGUGAACAAAGUCUCCAAGCCCAAGGCUAACAUGCCUCAUGUUACCAUGGCACCUCCUAACAGCGCGGCGCUCUUCCACCCACAACCUCAGAGUAGACCCCCCUCAACUGCCACCCCAACCGCCACACCCAGCACCGUAUCCACGGAAACGAUGGACUCCAGCAAGAUGGUAUCCCUCCAGAUCAUCAUCAGCGACGAGCCGGAGGAGGCGUCAAGCGACGCAGCUCUGAACCAGGCUGUCUCCAGCAUCAGUGGAGACAAGAUCCCCACCAUCUUCCUCUCGUCCCCCGUCAAGGAAGGCCAGCCCCCCGCGGUGCUGCCCGGCACCCCUACAGGCCUGGAUGAGACGGCGCAGGCGGUGAGCAGCCUACAGAGCACCGAGGUCCUCCAGCCUGCUGUCGUUUCCAGUCCUCUCAGCGGGAAGACCGGGGGGGUGGUGCCGGUGACGUCACUAGAUGUAGCCACACCCUCUAAGGAGAACAUGCUUCAGCAAGGGGCUCAGCCCAGCUACAUCAUCCAGUUGCCGUUGGACUCCACCAGUGCUAACUUCGGAGGUGCGCCCACCAGCUAUUUCUUGAUCACUGAUGGCGCCACCGCUGGUGGGCAGGGCGGUAAGAUGGUUCUGUCCAGUGGGAACCCUCAGAGAUCACCUGGGACUCCUGGUUCCUAUUCUCUGGCCACACCUCCUCAGGCUAAAACUUAUGCCCCCGGAUCAACACUCUUUCUUUCUCCUGUUCGGCCCAUGGUUCAAAGCAUGGUCAUCCCUGUAUCUGUCAUGGGGCAGAGCAACACCAGGAAUGUCCCUGUGGCAUCCAAUCAGAUUAUAGCUGUGCCAGCCAUAGCCCAACCCCUUGUCCCAUCCCCAGAGAAGCACCCUGAACCUGGGAAACCCAGUGAGACUGCAGUCCCAGGCAAGAGCAGAGUUGCUGGUCCCUGUGCUCCUACAAAUCCAGUCCAACCACAGUCCUCAGAGAAGACAGGCCUGCCCAAGGUAGCAGCAGGUACCAGUCCCGGUCACAGACGGAUGCUGUGCUUUGAUGGUUCAGCCGGCAAAUCUCCCCCCCAGCCCAGAAACGGCACAAGCACCCCGCCUAAGGCCCUGGCAGCUAACACCCUCUCGUCACCUUCUCCGAGCCGGCAGUCUGGGACAGAUUCUCCCAAACAGGCCAGAACCAGACCUGCCAUCUUGGGUGGUAACAGGCCUAAAAGAAGGAUAGAGACAGUGAGAUGCACGGACAACAGUCCCACCACAUGGAACGCAGCCGAGACUGAGAUGUCCUCUCCUCUCCAGCAGCAGCCCAAAGAAGACACGAAAAAACCCACUGGAUCGCAAAUCGUCGCCGAUCAAGAUGCUAGCAGCCGGCAAGAUGCUAGCAGCCGGCAAGAUGCUAGCAGCCGGCAAGAUGCUAGCAGCCGGCAAGAUGCUAGCAGCCGGCAAGAUGCUAGCAGCCGGCAAGAUGCUAGCAGCCGGCAAGAUGCUAGCAGCAGCAGUAGCAAUGCAGAGACGUCAGACUCGUCAAAGAAGUCAGAGACGAGAAGGAAAUCCCAGUCCACAGGCAGAAAGGACGACAGUCGGAAAAGGUCAACGGACAAGCCAAACACCAGGUCCUCUUCCUCUGACCAUAGACUGCGGUCAGGCAGCAGGAAGGAGAAGGAGGAAAACCGCAAGCUGGAGUCUUUGGAGAAAAGUCUUGCAAAGGGCCACGUGGGACGGACAGAAAAAAAGACUCCCACUCAGGAGUCUCCCGUCACGGCUAAUAAGGAGAACCAGGCACAGGGGAGCAGGCGUGAGCCGGCCCCCACACCAUCACCCCGGGAUAUCAGCCCGCCCCCUGUGACCCCACCAACGCCUACCCUGCACGUGCUCUCCAGCAUGUCCCCUUCCAAGACCAGCCCACUCAUCAAGCAGGCAGCCGAGAUGCUCCAGGACAUCCAGGCUCUCCAACCUCCGACCACCCCAGCCAAGAGGCCCGGAGCGGGCUGCCCUGACCUGCCGCUCCCUCCAACCCCUGGGUCUGGCCGUCUCCACGAGGAAUCUUUGGACUUCCCCAGGACGCCUGCUCGGCAGAGGCACAAUAGAGACAUGGAAGGCACCCCCAGGCACCUGGUGCCUCCCGCCACCCCGGAGCUCCCCUCCUGCAGCCCCGCCAGUGAGGCAGGAAGCGAGAACAGCAUCAACAUGGCGGCCCACACGCUGAUGAUCCUGUCUCGAGCAGCCAUCGCCAGGACGGGUACGCCGCUGAAGGACAGCCUGCGUCAGGAUGGGGCUGGAGCUGCCACGCCCACGUCCUCAAAGGGGAAGAAACGCAAGCAACCAGAGCCCCAGGGAAACAGCUCCACCAAGGAGCUCAAGGCCUCGGCCUCGUCAAGCAGCAAGAAGAAAGCCAAGAAGCAGAAGAAGCUGCUGGACUCCUUCCCGGAUGAUCUGGAUGUGGAUAAGUUCUUGUCCUCGCUUCAUUACGAUGAGUGACAGGUUCAUGACUGGCUGAUGGCGGUUGACGGCUGUCACGCAGAAAGGCUGAGAUGUCCAGAACAAUGUUGUGAAUAAAGGAAUAGAACAAGCCAUCUGCUGUCACUGUGCCUAUGGUUUCCAUGUCUACCACACAGGAAUGAGGCAUUUGUGGUCAAGCUCAACACUGUCCAUAGCACAUCGUUUUAUAUGUUCUUUGUAUACUCUGAAACCUAACAUCUAAUUACUGUACUGCGAAUGUUACAGAAAUGUUUGAGAACGUUUUUUUUUAUGCAUAUGGCUGGUUUAUUAGCACUGAGUUUUAAUUUAAGAUUUUACUUUCUUCAAGCCUUAUUUUUGUCAAUGUUUGACUGUGUCUAAAGGCUCCAUUGCACACGAAUGUGCAGUUGUUAAAAGGUAUUUCUGUAGAUUUAUUGGUCUAUUUUUGUUUUAAUUAUUAGUAUUAACACAGUGAAUGGCUGUGGUAUAGUUUCUGUAUAUAAAUAACUUUAAUAAAAAGUUAACAGUGA